AUGGGCGCUGGCCUGGACGAAGAAUCUCGACGCACCCACUGCUGGGACGACCAACAAGAUCGAAGGCUCGGACAAAAACAGCCUGCUGUUCCAGAUUGUGUCGCAGCCACAGCGAGUGGCGAUAAGUCCAUCGUCCUUGGAGCGUUUGAUCAAGACGACCAAAAUGACGAUGCCGACAACAACACGACUCCAAACGUUGCGCUGACUGACAACAUGCGGCCUGAUCAGAGGGAUAACGAUCCGACUCUUCAAGUUCAGUAUCCUCCGCUCUUCGUCAAAACUAAGCAGACAACAUGCACCGAUGUGGAGGGGUCCAUUGGGCGAUGGCUGUUGACAAAGACAGUCGACGAUAUCCGGGAAGUCAAUGAUCACCCAAAGACGGAGGUCACGUUCAGUGAUCAUGUGAACAACUUCAUUCAGCUGGUCAAGGCCACUCACUCAUCUGAAGAUAAGAAUAAGGCUCACAAGACGUUGCAGCACUACGUCGUCUUGGCGUCGACCGCCAAGAUGUACGGCCAGGUGAAGAGAGGAAAAGAGAGGAACCUAUUUAAAUACAUAAAGAAGCAUGGUGACGAAAUUCACGCUGCUGGAGAAGCCGAUAUUUUCCACGAGGUUCUGAGGCAGGCGAAGUUGUUGAACAAGUCGUUGAGCCGCAAGCAGACAAAGAUCAUUGCUGAUGUCAUCGAACGUCUUGCGAGCAGCUCAGCAAUGUCGCAACAUACACUGAUCGACAGCAAACAACGGGCUACGAUUGCAGAAACGGACACGAUGACGGCCGAACUUCAAGACUUGAAACAAGACAUCGAUGGGGGAAAUCCCAUUGUAUACACUGUUGGCAGCUGUCGUGAUCAACGUCGAAGCGAGGUUGCAGUUUCUGACGAUACAGAAACGGAACGCAAUAUUGAGAGUGAAGUCGGGCGGGAGACUCUCCUUGGAGAUCUUUCCAAAAUACUUAACGCGCUGACCCAAGAAGCAUCGAUCUGGCUUAGGCUAUUCACAAUACUCAAGGAGCAGCUCCGUGAAUAUGUUGUCACAAGUUUGGGCCUCAUUCAGACAUUGUUCGAAUUGACGAGCUCGAAUCUGCCGCAGUACCCAGAACUUCCUGCUGGCUCGACGACACCUCUGCCACCGAAAAAGUCCGAGAUCUCGAGCUCUGAGAAGUCAGACUCCUCCAUAAGCGAGAUUGAGGAGGGAUUCGAGAAGACGAAGAUCGAUCCUGACGAAGACGGCGAACCGUCUUUCUUAGAUGCCAAAGAGGGUGUCAAAAUGGGCGACGGCCGCUUUGACGUAAUUGGACCUCAUUUUUCUGCAUUAUACGGCUCUCGCGUUUUUGAUGAGUUGAAGGAACCCGACCGCACAAGAUCAGAGAAUGGAAGAGUAGAUCAAGAAGACCAGGGGCGACCUCUGACGGAUGAGAAGUUCCAGAAGAUUGAGCGAUGGCUGGACGAGAAGGGAUACGGUUUUGCCAAACAGAAGCUCUACACCACCACAUCAGAAAACCGCAGCUUCACCAGAACCUACCACUGCGAAACUAUCUCGAUGCGUCUGUUUCUGCUCGCUACAAAUCGAGCAAAGUUCGUUGAGAAGACCGUCAAGGCGAAUGACGGCGACUACAAGAACUCGCAACGUAUUUUGCCUCCAAAGGAGGUUACCGACGCAUUGCUCAACACCAUGAACAUCCUCCCAGUUUCGAAGCGUUGUUGCCCGACCUGUGAUGCACUUGUAGAGUUCAUCAGAGCUGGCAUCAAGCUUGAUAUCCUUUAUCUAGGGAACUAUACUAUAUGGUCUGCCAUUGCCUUACCACCCUGGAUUCCUAAAGAGCCGCGAUCAAAGUCGCCAAAGAGCGAUGAUAGGACAUCUGGCCAUGCACGUGCUCCUUUACUCACGUUGUCACCCCCAGAGGGACGAUCAAUGAGCGAUCACUUCUUUUCAGACGCUUUCGGUGACUACGACUCCCGUGCAGAUCGGGCCGCCCCGGGCAACAGAAAGACACUUACUUCGGGUUUGUCGGGCCUCAUUGUCUCGGAGGCGUCUCCCUCAAAGGCUCUCCCCUUCUCAGCCGGUCCGUCGAUGGCAUCAUCCCCUCCUCACUACGUCCCAGUUGCCGAUGACUCGCCACAAGGCGCUAUAGGACCACUCCCACCUCCAACAAGCAGUUCAACUGCGCCCGCACUCGGCGCUCCUAACUUGGGCAUAAGUAAGACACGGAGUAAGCUUGGGGGCCCUUCAGCAGAAGAAGAAAAUGCAGGAGAAGAGGCGGACGGCAGUGAAAAGAAGAAUGACGAGUUGGAUAUAUUGUAG